AUGGUCCGAACCUCCGUCCUCAACGAUGCUCUCAAGAACAUCAACAACGCUGAGAAGGCCGGCAAGCGCCAGGUCAUGAUUCGGCCUUCCUCCAAAGUCAUCGUCAAGUUCCUCCAGGUCAUGCAGAAGCACGGCUACAUUGGCGAAUUCGAGGAGGUCGAUGACCACCGCAACGGCAAGAUCGUUGUCCAACUCAACGGCCGCCUGAACAAGACUGGUGUCAUCUCUCCCCGCUACAACGUCGCUCUACGUGACCUCGAGAAAUGGGUCGUCAAGCUGCUUCCCUCGCGUCAAUUCGGAUACAUCAUCCUGACCACUUCCUCCGGCAUCAUGGAUCACGAGGAGGCGAGAAGAAAGCACGUCUCCGGCAAGAUCAUUGGUUUCUUCUAUUAG